UCACAAAAUUGUCCAAAUUUACUUUUUGACUUUUUGUAUUGUCCGAUCUGCCCUAAAUAUCGCAUUUCUUGAAAGAAUGCUAACAUUGCUAUCUGCUAUCUGCCGGUUCUAAAGGUCGAUAUGGGCACUGUAAACACGUUCUCGUUCUUAUAUUAUAUUGCAAAAACACAAUACAAUACUGUGUACAAGAACCAGUUGUUCGUGAACGAGUGACGUGCGCCAAUGUUCCUCGUGUUUUUUUGUUCGUAAAUAAUUAAUUAUUGAAAAUAUCGACGAAGAGUUUUGUAAGCAUUUCAAACAAAAAAUCAUUUCCCCAAGUCGGCUUCUUGCUUAGAGAAAUAUAUAUUUUAAUAAAAUGAGAUUUACCUUAUCACUAUUUUUACUGAGAAUGUUCAUCGGACCUAUUCUUAGAGCACAUUGCGAACAAGAUUGGUCUUUUCCGAAAGAUUUUCGAAUAGGAGCAGCUUCCGCUGCAUAUCAGGUGGAAGGAGGAUGGAAUGCAAGUGGCAAAGGUGAAAAUAACUGGGAUUGGUUUACACAUAAUAAACCGUGGUCGAUUGCUGAUCAAAGUAAUGGGGAUGUGGCUUGUGAUUCUUUCCAUAAAUACAAGGAAGAUGUUGCUAUUCUGAAAGACAUUGGUUUCAACUUCUAUCGGUUUUCAAUAAGCUGGUCACGAAUUUUUCCCACUGGUUUCUCCAAUAAGAUUAGUAAAGAGGGUAUUCAAUAUUACCAUGAUCUUAUUGAUGAACUUCGAUCAAACGGAAUUGAGCCGUUUGUCACCAUCUACCACUGGGAUCAUCCACAGAUUUUGGAACAGAUGGGAGGAUGGGUUAACGAACUGAUGGUGGAUUCCUUCACCGAUUUUUCUAGACUUGUAUUCCAAGAAUUCGGUCCUAAAGUAAAAUACUUUGCGACCAUUAAUGAGCCAAGUUCUUUUUGUAGUGGAGGAUAUGGAGGAACACUUAAAGCUCCUGCAUGGAAUUUGACUCUCAAUGCAGAAUAUAUGUGUAUGCAUAAUGUACUGAAAGCUCAUGCCAAGGCAUAUCACAUGUAUGACCAGGAAUUUCGUUCAACUCAGAAUGGCAAAAUUGGUAUUGUAUUGCCAUGUCAAUACUAUUUCGGUCAAGAUAAUAAUGACACUGUGACGCCAGAUAUAGCCUUUCAAUAUGAUUGUGGCUGGAUGGCCCACCCAAUUUUUUCAAAAGUUGGCGAUUAUCCAAAAAUCAUGAGGAAACGAAUUGACGAGAACAGCAGAAUUCAAGGCUGGCCUCGUUCAAGGUUACCUACAUUCACACAAAAAGAAGUUGAAUAUAUCAGAGGUACUGCAGAUUAUUUUGGAUUAAAUCACUACACGUCAUAUAUAGCCGUGCCUGUUAAAAGGGAAACUGGUAAAGUAUGGGAAAAUGAUCGAGGCUAUUACCAAACAGUCGAUCCUAAAUGGCCUGUCUCUGCAAGUUCUUGGCUGAAGGUGGUACCUGAAGGAUUUGGAAACAUUCUUCGGCGGAUAACAAAGGAAUACGGAAAACUACCAAUUUAUGUUACCGAAAAUGGAUACGCAGAUCAUGGAAGUCUAAACGACAUUGAGCGAAUAAAAUAUUAUUAUGGCUACCUGAAAGAAAUGUUAGUAGCUAUAAAUGAUGGAUGUAAUGUUAAAGUUUAUAUAGCUUGGAGUAUUAUAGAUAAUUUUGAGUGGCAGGAUGGCUACAAAAAUCGUUUCGGGAUUGUACAUGUCGACUUUAAUGAUCCAGGAAGAAAAAGAACUUAUAAAAAAUCCGCUAAAUGGUACAAAGAUUUGCUGAAGAGUCGCAAACUACUUCCUGUGCAUAAUUACACAAAUAACAAUUAAUAUUUUAGAAUACACAUCAAAUGUGUUUUUUUCAAAACAAUAUUUUGAUAUGAAUUUGCGAUGUAAUACCACUUGUGGUCAGAUGUCAGUUCUUCUUCAUCAUCCAGGCUUAGGAUACUUCAUGAAGUCAGAAUACAAGCAAAAAUCUGUUAUGAACUGAAAAAAAAAUGAUGUGAACUAUACUGAUUUACUAUACUAAUCGAAUUAUUGAUUUAAUCUUAAUUUUUGUGAAGUGAGUCAGGAGUAAAGUGCAAUAAAUGUUAAUACUUUAUUUUUAA